AUGCCCUCGUUCUCCGACCUUCCACAAGAGACGGUGCUGGAACUCGCGAAGUUCAUGCCCACCAGUUCUUGUUUAGCACUGUCGCGGACAUGCAGCACCCUGCAUAACACUCUGACGCCAUUUCUUUACAUCAACGUCAAUGUAACCUCAAAGCCUUCUCAGCUACUGCACCCCAUUAGCACCCUCGAGCUGUUCUACGCGAAGAUGCUGAAAAACAAGGAGAACCACCGUUUGGUGAAGACACUUGCGGUCUCCUGGGCUGGCCGGUCUCUCAAGAAAAGGGAGCAAGAGAUGAUCGCGCUACUCAUCGACAUUCUGCCUAACCUCAAGGUGUUCCAAUUUGACAACUUCGCAACGGUCGUUCCUGAGGAUAUACGACAGCACAACGUGCAGGGGACGGAUUUGACCUCACCGGACCUCCCGGCUCGCAGACUGCAAAUCCACCAGUCUCGUUACCCAACCCGCGACCGGCUCGUGCCGCUGGCAUCGCCUUCCCUCGUGCAGCUCGUUUGGAGUGAUAUGCGUUCCCCGCCAGAAUAUUUCGCGGACUUCGCCCGUCCUCUCCAUCAUAUCAAGACCUUGCGCCUUCAUCCUAUGCACUACAUCCUUUGUGAUCGUCUCGAUCACACUGUCCUCCCGCACUUGGAGAACGUUAGUGCACAUUUGCCCGUGGCGCUCGGCUUGCUCCAUGGUAGACAUAUUCGGCGGCUCAGGACCUCGCUCAGCUAUUACUAUGCAGAUGACGGACGUUGCAGCCCCAAAACAUUCCGGAGUGUCAGAGUGCUAUCCCUACGCUCGGCAACAUUGUCGCCGGAAACACAGAGAGUGUUUCUUGCGAGGAUAGAGAAUCUGGAAAUUCUGGACAUCGAGACCAUGCACCCCGUCGAUUCCUCCAUCGUACCUUUCGGCACCAAGUUGAAGUUCCUCCGGAUCUCCUCGAACGUCUUCAUCACGCGCGACGUCAUCGACCAAUUGUUCGAUGACAUCCCGACUUUGGAAUGCAUUGAGUGGGCGAUGGAAUACAAAAUGUACACCAGCUCGCCCGGCAAGCCCUUCUAUUACGGAACUAGGAAGUAUCGCGAUGUCCCCGGAUAUCAAAACGUGCAGUGGAUGUGUCCACUCGACGAGGAGUGGCUGGGAAAUUGGAAGGAGGAUGUUCGUCCCGUUACGGUGACUGGUCGAGGCACACUGGUGAAGUUUUGGAAUCACCCUCAAUACAUUUGA